CGAUUUUCGCGAUUGUUUGAAGCAAUCAGGUGCUUCGUUUUGACGAGUUUAUCCGUUUUUUAAGUAUUUAAUCGUUAUGUAAAUGCAGGGAUUUAAAUAAGAGCAGGAAAUCUUUUGAGGAAGUGGAGUGACAGCCCCGCUGUAAAUCAAGAUGGCAGGUCUGUCUUUAUAUUUUGAAGAUGGCCACGAUGAUUUGGAUGACUUUGGAUUCGAUGACUAUGGCUCAGAGUGUGAUGGGAUUCGGAUAACAGCAUUCCUGGAUGCAGGCCAGGAUAACCUCACCCCUCUGGGCCGGCUGGAGAAAUAUGCUUUCAGUGAAAACGUCUUCAACAGGCAAAUUGUGGCACGUGGAUUACUAGAUGUGCUCCGGGAAUUUUGUGAUAAUGAAAAUGACUUCAUCAGUGUCAUGGAAACAGUUGCCAGGAUGUCUGAGGAUGGAGAACCAACAGUGCGAGCAGAGCUGAUGGAACAGGUACCAAACAUUGCCAUGUUCCUCCAUGAAAAUCGACCCAAUUUCCCAGAAGCGUUCUCGAGGUACUUGGUACCCAUUGUGGUCCGGUAUCUCACAGAUCCUAAUAACCAGGUGCGAAAGACGAGCCAGGCUGCUCUGCUGGUGCUGCUUGAACAGGGUCUGAUGAGUAAGGCAGAUAUGGAAGGAAAGGUCUGCCCUGUGCUCCUGCAGCUCACAGAACCCAGCAGUGAUGAUGACUACAAGAUCGAAGCUGUAGCGAUCAUGUGCAAGUUAGUGACCAUGUUGAGUAAAGACACAGUGGAGCACCUUCUAUUGUUGCGAUUCUGUGAACUCUGCAGUGACGCCAGAUUAUUCCAAGUCCGCAAGGUCUGUGCAGCAAACUUUGGCGAGUUCAGUUCUAUUGUUGGCCAGGAAGCCACAGAGAAACUACUGAUGCCUAAGUUUUUCGACCUGUGCUCGGACAAUCUGUGGGGUAUUCGGAAAGCCUGUGCCGAGUGUUUCAUGGUUGUUUCAAAUUGCACUUCUGCAGAGGUGCGACGCACUAAGCUGUCCCCCUUGUUCAUCAUUCUCAUUAGUGAUCAGUCACGCUGGGUACGGCAGGCUGCGUUCCAAUCUCUAGGUCGUUUCAUCUCUACAUUCGCCAACCCUUCUCUCACAGGACUGCACUUCUGUGAGGACGGAACCCUCCGUGAGAUAUCCAAGAUCUCCUCUGGGAGCCAUGGGCAGGUGACCAUCAGCAGCUCAAGUAACUCCUGCAAUGCCUCAAGGGAAGGUUCCUCAAACAGUCGCACUCAGCCGUCCUUAAAACAGCUACAAACCACCUCAGCCACAACAGCUCCACCAUCACAACCUCAUGAGGGCUACCAGCAUCCCACACAACCCCAGGAAGAGAGGACCACCCAGGGCCAAUCUGAACACUCCGCUUUUGCCUCCAUCCAGCAGACGGAUGACUGCACAAUGUACAACACCUUCAACUUCUGGAGAUCCCCAUUGCCUGAUAUCACCCAGGACCUCCAACUACUGCAUGUAGAGGAAAGCAACGAGGAGGAAAGAGAGAAAGAAGAGACCACGAGGGAGGGAGAAGAUGAAGAAGAACAAGCGCCAUGUUUAGAUUCUCAAGGCCCAGCCACCAGCUCCCAGAUUCAGAAGGUUUUGGACUGUCUUCAGCCCCACCUAAAUGAUCCUGAUGUACAAGCUCAAGUUCAGGUGUUGUCUGCUGCACUGAUAGCUGCCCAGUUAGAGAGUCAGACAGAUGAUGCAGAUGACUCUGUGUUGGAGAGCAAUGGUUCUGCAGGCUCCCCGACCUCUGAUCUCAGCACCAUGAGUGAACUCUCGCUGACCGAUGCACAGAUCUCAGACUCACCCUCUACAUCACCUGUACUGGUGGAUGACUCUGAACCCAGCAGUGAGGAGUCAGACCUCAUAGAAAAUGUGGAGGAAGACAAAGACUCGGACACCACCAGAACUUCUGAAGAGGAAAAGUAUAAAGUUCAGAAUGUAAUUCCCCAGCAGUUGUUGGAUCAAUAUCUGUCUAUGACAGACCCCGCUCGAGCUCAGACUGUAGACACUGAGAUCGCCAAACACUGUGCUUUUAGUUUACCGGGAGUUGCCCUAACGCUGGGCAGACAGAACUGGCACUGCCUCAAAGACACGUACGAGACCCUCGCUACAGACGUACAGUGGAAGGUGCGUCGGACGCUGGCGUUUUCUAUCCAUGAGUUGGCAGUGAUUCUGGGGGAUCAGCUAACAGCAGCUGAUCUGGUGCCCAUAUUUAAUGGCUUCCUCAAAGAUCUAGAUGAGGUGCGGAUAGGAGUCCUCAAACACCUGUAUGAUUUCUUAAAGCUUCUUCAUGCUGAGAAGCGCCGGGAGUAUCUGUACCAGCUACAGGAGUUCAUGGUGACUGACAAUAGCCGAAACUGGAGAUUCCGAUAUGAGCUCGCUGAACAGCUCAUCCUGAUCAUCGAGUUGUACAGCCACAACGAUGUCUAUGACUACCUCAGACAGAUAGCACUUAACCUCUGCUCUGACAAAGUGUCUGAAGUCCGAUGGAUUUCAUACAAACUGGUGGUGGAGAUCCUGCAGAAGCUGUAUUCCUGUGAAGCUCAUGACCUGGGACUCAAUUUCAUUAAUGAGCUCAUUAUGAGAUUUUGCCACUGUUCCAAAUGGGUUGGACGCCAGGCAUUUGCCUUCAUUUGUCAGGCUGUAGUGGAGGAGGACUGUAUGCCCAUGGAACAGUUUGCACAGCAUCUUCUGCCCAGUCUGCUCAGCCUCUCAUCCGACCCUGUGCCCAACGUUCGUGUACUGGUGGCCAAGGCAUUACGGCAGAGCGUGUUGGAAAAACCGUACUUUAAGGACCCUGGCAGUGCAUACUCGGAUGAAAUCAUGGAGGCUCUGUCUAGACUGAGGAUGGACAAAGACAGGGAUGUGCGGUUCUUCGCCACGCUAGAUCCCAACAGGGGCGUCAUGGACACGACAGCGCUCAUUUAGCACCUUGUACUGUCUGCACACAAGAACAAGCACCAGCAGGGACAACACUACACCACUUUACACAGACACACACGUUUACACAUAGAAACAACUUACCUACACACACUCACAAAUUUAUCCUCAAUACUCUCCUCAUACUUUAGUAUAUGCAUAUAUUAUGCAUUUUCUCAAUUAUACACAUGAUGGGCUUCAUUUAGGAAACUUUGCACAGAUAUGUGGCUAAAUCAAACAAACUAGGGCCCUUAAAACUUUACAGUGAAUAUGCAAAUACAAUGUAUCCUAAUCUCUGUGUUUAGUAAGAUUGGCUGUUUUAUGUUUGUCUUCAUUUUUACGUAAUGCAGUGCAAAAUUAUUUUCCAUCUGAAAAAUGAAUCUGCGAAAUGCAUUGUGAACUAUACUUGGUUUUCUCUGCCCUAGAUUGUUAGAUUGACAUGUCAACAAUACUGCCAAUCAGAUAAAUAUUUAUGCACAAGUUCAAGUGAAAGUAUUUAAAGGGAUAGUUCACACAAAAAUGAAAAUUCUCUUAUUUACUCACCAUAAUGCCAUCCUAGAUGUGUGACUUUCGUCUGCUGAACACAAAGAUUUUUAGAAAAAUAUUUA